UAAACUCUUCAGGCGGUCACCGGACACCCACAUUAGGACCCAGCGGCCGGGAUCAUUGAGGUCAAGGGUUGAGGAUGUCGGGACCGAACGGGGAGCCGGCCGUUAACGUGCAGCGAGAGGAUGACGAUGUAUCCAUGGAAGAGUACGAUGCACUCAACUUGAUACUCGAUCAGAUCAACUCUUGUUUAGAUAAUCUUGAAGAGAAAAAUGAUGUCCUAAAUGCUAAAUUUCAAGAACUGUUGGAAUCGAAUCGUCAGGCAAGGAUGGAAUUUAGGCAGCAACAAAUCAAUGCUACUAAUCAAUAGGAUGCAAAAGCGGCAGGAUUGACACCGACCUCUCAGAUUCUAAUCAUGUUCCUUUGAUUGUUGUUAUUGCGUAAUUUUUCUGUGACUCCUGUUAAACUUAAUUACCAGCGUCCUGUUACAUCUUUUGACAGUAUGUAACAUCGUUUGUCGGCUUUGUGUAAUUGCUCCCCACCCCCUUUAUUUAAAGAACCAGUACAAUUCCGCAGUUUUCAUUUCGAAAGCAACGCUUUUUGAUGGAACCCAUUAAUAUUUGGUUUUAACCAUGAAUCUGCACGGGGCUCAAGGAGAACUGCUGUUUUCUUUAUAGUUCUAUUUAUGUUCUAAGUAAGUAAUGCUACACACUUUUAAUAUUGUUCUCCAGAAAAUCCAAUUUCCCUUAAAUUUUCUGCUAACUUUAUACAUCUUGCAGAUUCAAUGGAAAUUAUUUCAAUCUGAAAAUCCUUUCAUCUUCCCGUUUACAAAUCAGGGUUUUUACCCUGCUUAUAUUAAGCACCCCUUUUAACGUCUUGAUUAUGUCCAAAAGAUAGUUGGAGAAUGUACUCCUACUUAAACAUUCCCAGCCUACACGUGGAUGUUUGCAAAUGUACUUUGUUCUUUAAAUGUCCCUUCUCAAUGCAUCUACAGGAGCAGCUAAUUUAGAGCUUGGUGAUGCAUUUUAUUAAAUAGUUUUGUUAAAACUGUGCUGUUCUAUUGGGGUGAGGGCAAGGAUAAUGAAACCUGCUGUUUUUAAAUGGGAUAAACUACUGUCUUGCCCUGGUUGUGGAAUUAAUGGAAUGGAAAUAAAAUUUUAUAUGCUUUGAAAGUUGGGUAAUGUACUGCUACCAGUAUCAUUGUAGUUGAUAAAGUAUUCAGUGUUACCUCUAUUUCAUUGAAGUAAAUUAAGUGUUAAGUUUUCAAAGGACAGAACAAAUCAAUAAAAUCUGUACUGGAAUAAUGGGGGGAAAAUUGUUCAAAAUUUGUUAAAAUUUACACAGUAACAUGGGAGACCAGGCAUUGUAAAUCUACUGAGCAGAUGAAUGGUUACUUCUAUAAAUUAAGCUAAUGAGAUUCUAUCUAA